UUAAAUUUUCCGUCUGCCUUUCAAACAACGACAAGCAACAUAACGAACUUGAAACGGGCCGAAACCCCGCUCGAAUUUUGUUUACUGCCGAAAUCGCUACAUUUCGUUUAGGAGUGAUCCGAAUAUUUCGCGUGGAUUUUUUCCUGGAAAGGUGUACGACGUUUCUGUCUAAUUGUAGAUAACAUACGUAAUUUUGUUUUGUAAGUACAGGGUUGAAGAAGAACGAUGGAAGAUUUUCAGAAAAUUGAAAAGAUCGGCGAAGGAACGUAUGGCGUUGUGUACAAGGGUCGUAAUAAAAUAACUGGUCAAAUAGUAGCCAUGAAGAAAAUCCGACUGGAAUCUGAAGAUGAAGGUAUUCCGUCAACUGCCAUCCGUGAAAUAUCACUGCUGAAAGAACUGAAACAUCCCAAUAUCGUUUCUCUUGAAGAUGUUCUCAUGGAGGAAAAUAGAUUGUACUUGAUCUUUGAGUUUCUGUCGAUGGACCUGAAGAAAUAUAUGGACACGCUGCCCGCCGAGAAGAUGAUGGAUCCGGAUUUGGUUAAGAGCUACAUGUAUCAGAUUACCGCUGCCAUGCUGUUCUGUCACAAACGACGAGUUCUUCAUCGAGAUUUAAAACCGCAAAACCUAUUAAUCAAUAAGGAAGGUCUAAUCAAGGUAGCAGAUUUUGGACUUGGUCGUUCUUUUAACAUUCCGGUACGAAACUACACACAUGAAAUUGUUACCCUUUGGUAUCGUGCCCCGGAGGUUCUGCUCGGGUCCCCUCGAUAUGCAUGCCCAGUGGAUAUUUGGUCCAUUGGUUGUAUUUUCUCUGAAAUGGCAACUCGCAAGCCCCUGUUCCAGGGGGACUCGGAGAUUGAUCAGCUUUUCCGAAUGUUUCGCAUACUGAAAACACCAACGGAGGAGAUCUGGCCGGGAGUAACAUCGCUGCCAGAUUAUAAACCCACGUUUCCGUGUUGGACACAGAACAAUCUAUCAAGUCAGGUGAAAAAUCUUGACUCGGCCGGAUUGGAUUUACUUCAGAAAUGCUUGAUUUACGAUCCGGUGCAUCGGAUUUCUGCGAAAAAAAUUCUAGAACACAAAUAUUUCGACGGGUUCGACCGACGAGUCAUUCCUACGGAAUGAAAGCUUUCCACUUUUAGUAAUAACUCAAAAUAAACUCUUUUCCUUGUUUUAUGCGCGCCAUUCACUACAUUAGUGGUUAGUUCAAGUGGACCUAGGUUGACUAAGUGCUGUGUGUAAAUAUCCCGACAACUGACAGAUUCGCAGGGUUUUCCAAGCAGCAGCUGUAAAUAUGGUUAGCAAUUUUUCCCUCUAGCUUCGUCGCCAACGUUCGGUCACAGUGAAUUCACGAAAAUGUUUUUAAUCAUUCUGUCCCUUUUUGCAGGUACAUAUUAGUAGAAGUAAGCUCGAACUGAGAGAAAAAAAAGACGUCUAGAUUAAUAGAAAAUAAUUUACAGUUUUUGUUUGAGAAAUUUCCCAAUAUUGUUUGUGCUGAGGUGAAUCCAAAU